AUGCCCAUUGCGACUAACGGCUUCUCCCACAAAACGAACGGCGCGAACGGACAUGCUGCAAAAUUUGAGCAUGCGCCCGCCGCACCUGUUACUCUGCUGAACAAAUUCAUCGACGCCCACCGUGAGCUCGAGGCAUACACGAGUGGCAAGCCCGUCCUCAUCGACGGAAAGACCCUUUCAAUCCCUGCUGUCACCGCCGCAGCGCGAUACAGCGCCCCUGUCGCCCUCGAUGGCUCUCCCGACAUUCAGGAUCAGGUCGCCCGCAGCCGCGCCGUCAUCGAAAGCAAAGUCAAGGCUCAGACCAGCGUGUACGGCGUCAGCACCGGUUUCGGUGGCAGUGCAGACACCCGUACCGGCGACCCAAUCAUGCUCGGACAUGCGUUGCUCCAGCAUCAGCAUACCGGCGUGCUGCCAUCUCAGAUGACCAACCCCAUCCCAGUUCUUCCUCUCCUCGACCCUCUCACCUCGACUAGUAUGCCAGAGUCCUGGGUCCGCGGUGCCAUCAUUAUCCGCAUGAACUCUCUCAUCCGCGGCCACUCUGGCGUUCGUUGGGAGCUCAUUGAGAAGAUGGGCGAGCUGCUCAGCCAGCAUGUCACCCCUCUUGUACCGCUCCGCGGCAGUAUCUCCGCCUCGGGAGACCUCUCCCCGCUCUCGUAUAUCGCAGGGACGCUCACCGGGAACCCGUCUAUCCGCGCUUUCGUCGGACCGGCGAAGUUUGGCGCGCGCACUAUUCUCCCCUCGGACGCUGCUCUAGAGCAGGCAGGGAUCGCGCCCUUACCCCUGCAGUCGAAGGAGCACCUCGGCAUUCUCAACGGGACAGCCUUCAGUGCUUCUGUCGCCGCACUUGCGCUCCAUGAUGCGGCGCACCUUGCUCUGCUAUCCCAGGUGUGCACUGCUAUGGGCACAGAAGCGCUCCUUGGUACGACUGGCUCUUUCGAACCGUUCAUCCACGACAUCGCGCGCCCGCACCCGGGCCAGAUCGAAGCGGCUGCGAAUGUACGCUCGCUGCUCGAAGGAACGCAACUCGCGAUCACCAAAGAAGAGGAGAAGACGAUCCACGACGAUGCGGGCGAGCUCCGUCAGGACCGGUACCCGCUCCGCACGGCGGCACAGUUCCUGGGCCCGCAGAUUGAGGACAUCUUGUCUGCGCUGGAGACGGUCACUCUCGAGUGCAACACGACGACUGACAACCCGCUGAUUGAGGCGGAAACUGAUACAGUGCACCAUGGAGGCAACUUCCAGGCCAUGGCCGUGACAAACGCCAUGGAGAAGACGCGACUUGCACUCCACCAUAUUGGCAAGCUGCUCUUUUCGCAGUGUACUGAGAUCCUGAACCCGACGAUGAACCGCGGGCUCCCGCCCAGCGUCGCCGCUACGGACCCGUCGCACAACUACCACGCCAAGGGCAUCGACAUCCACACUGCCGCAUACGUCGGUGAGCUCGGCUACCUUGCGAACCCGGUAUCGACACACAUCCAGUCUGCCGAGAUGCACAAUCAGGCGGUUAACUCGCUCGCGCUCAUCAGUGCACGCGCGACGAUUAACUCGUUGGAGGUGCUCUCACUCUUGACCGCCAGUUACAUCUACGUGCUGUGCCAGGCGCUCGACCUUCGCGCGCUGCAGCGCGAGUUCAAUGUCGGCUUCCGAGCGAUUGUCGCCGCCGAGUUCGACGCACAAUUCGGCACCGCCCUCAAGGUAGUGGAGCAGGCUGAGCUACUCAGUCAGCUCUACAUUGCGCUUGAGCACGCGCUCGACAGCACCAGCACAAUGGACGCCAUACCGCGCAUGCGCAAGGUCGCAGCGGCCAGUGCAGCGCCGAUCGUCGACUUCCUUUUGGCCCGUGGGGGUACAGUGGGUGCGCUGGAGGCGCUUGGCUCAUUCCGUGAGGGAGUCGCGGUACGUGGUGCUGCAUUGCUCGAGGAGCUGCGCCGGGCGUAUUUGGCGGGAGAGCGGGGACCUGCGCCUGCGGGUCCGUUCUUGGGCAGGACACGCAAGGUGUACGAGUUUGUGCGGGUUGCGCUGGGCGUGCGCAUGCACGGUGCCGAGAACCUCGACGAGUUCGCGGCGGGUCCGGGCGUUGUGGACUCGAACUUAGGGCAGAACAUCUCGCUGAUCCAUGAGGCGAUUCGCGACGGCAAGAUGCAGGGUAUCAUCGUCAGCUUGUUUGAUUAG